AUGGCACACAAGGGUGGUGUUGAGGUUUUAAAUAGAUCUCUAAAGGAUGGUGUAACGGUUUUACUGGCUGGAGACUUUAAGCAGACUCUACCAGUAGUACCAAAAGGGACCAGAACUGAUGAAGUAAAGUCAUGUCUUAAAAGAUCUACUUUAUGGCCUAAGAUUAAUAUACUCAAACUGUCAAAAAAUAUGAGGGUACACUUGGGAGAGGAAAAGUUUGCUGGUGGAUUUGCAGAUCUUUUACUUGAAAUUGGCAAUGGUGAUUAUCCAUCGUUUAAUGAAAUGGUAACUAUCCCAGAAAAUUUGUGCACAGUUGUAACUACGGUUCAGGAUUUAAUAUCAAAAAUUUAUCCAGAUAUUGCUCAUAUUCAUGAUAAGCCUAUGGAAUGGUUGUGUGAACAGCACGUUCAGUAUAGCACAUACUCACUCCAAAAAAUGACCAAGUGGGGGCUAUCAAUGAUAUACUGCUGA